CCAUUGCCAUCUCGCGGUUCGCGGCGCAGUGUGCGAGUGCGCGUCCGUGUGUUUAGUGCGGUCGACAAGACGAGAUGUUCAUCUGACAAAUCGUAGACAUGUCAUCCAACCACGCCGUCAUGAACGACUCCAAAGAGAACAGAACAAUCCCCGAGCUGCCGGACUCACCAAAAUCUUCGAAAAAGAUUCACGAUUCGAUUAAGACCGACUUCGUCACAAAAUUAGCGGAAUCGAUCCAAACGCCUAAAUUGACUCCGAGGAACACACAGAAUUUGACUCAGUUGAAAAUCGCUCCGGAGAUGAAAAACGGGAAGAUACCACCUCCUUCACCAUCAGCGACCCCUAGGACUCCUCGGAACGUCCUGGGAAAACCGGAAGAACGACCUCUUCUGGGACCGUCACAGAAAAUAGUCAUAGUACCUCUGGGGAAAAGCGAGGGAAGAGCUCAAGUUCAAGUGACGGUGGGAAGUACUAGCAGUGACUCCAGCGACGGAAAAGGGACUCCCCCGAGGAAACGAGCGAUGAGUUCGGGGAAAAGAAGACCAGACGUUGUCAGACCGAGGGAACCUGGCGUGAGGAUGUCACCGAGUCUAAAAUCUCUGAGAGGACCUGCAGAGCUGGGGAAGAUUCGGUGCAACGCCUCCUGGGCGAGCUUUACCUUCCCGGACCCUUCGUCGACCAUGGGACGUCCCUUGAGUGACGUAGUGUCGGUCCGGUCACUGGCGUCCAUCGGGAUGGGGUCCACGGACGGGAAGAAAUUGACGAUCCGGAGGGUACCCACGUCUCCCACGGAACUGCUCAAUAUUGUUGAACCUAAGAAGUUGAUCGACGACGACGACCUGUCGUCCUGCACCUCCUACACGGGGACGUUGAGCGACGCAGGCACACACUACCGUCCCCGCAGAGACCAUUGGGCCAACAAGCUGCAGUUCAUCCUCGCCUGCGUCGGCUACAGCGUCGGCCUAGGCAACCUGUGGCGCUUCCCCUACCUCUGCUUCAAGAGUGGAGGAGGUGUGUUCCUGGUGCCAUAUUUCCUGGUGCUAUUAUUAUGUGGCGUACCUCUGCUGUACAUGGAGUUAGCUGUGGGACAAUUUACCCGACGAGGUCCCAUUGGUGCUCUUUCACAGCUUUGUCCAAUGUUCAAAGGGGCGGGACUGAGUAGUGUGGUGGUUUCUUUCUUCAUGUCCACCUACUACAGCGUCAUCAUCGCCUAUUUCCUAUACUACUUCUUCACCGCAUUCCGUGCCAACGCGCCAUGGACCGACUGUGGUAACCGGUGGAACACUCCUCAAUGUUGGCAGCCCUCGCUCAACACUACGCGGCCAAACUUCUCUCAAUCUCCUUCAGAGGAGUUUUACGAUCGGAAGGUGCUGCAGCUGUCGGCAGGUAUAGACAAGCCAGGCACAGUUCGCUGGGAGAUUGCAGCUUGCCUGUUCCUGGUCUGGGUGAUUGUCUACUUCGCUCUGUGGAAAUCCGUCCGUUCGACCGGCCGAGUGUUGUACGUAACGACUACGUUACCGUUCGUUCUGGUGCUGGCGUUCCUCGGCAGAUCUCUCACACUAGAGGGCGCUGAUUACGGACUUCAAUACUUCUUCAAGCCUAACUGGAUUCUUCUUUUAGAUGCUAAGGUCUGGGUGAAUGCAGUGGCACAAAACUUCAAUUCCAUCGGGAUCUCGUUUGGUUCAGUCAUCUCGUUUGCAAGUUACAACAGAUACAACAACACGAUACUAGUGGACACAGUGGCCGUGUCGUUGAUCAAUGCAGUAACAAGUCUCAUUGUGGGAAUCUUCGCCUUCGCCACACUCGGCAACAUUGCACGAGAACACGACACGGACAUCGAGCACGUCAUUACAGAUGGUCCAGGAUUGGUGUUUGUGCUGUAUCCACAAGCCAUGGCCAGAAUGCCUUUCUCCAGUUUCUGGGCUGUUCUGUUCUUCUUUAUGCUGCUCUGCCUUGGAUUAAACAGCCAGUUUGCCAUUGUAGAGGUGGUGGUGACGUCCUUACAAGACGGCUUCCCUAACUGGAUCAAACGCAAGCUGGUUUGUCAUGAGAUCCUGGUGCUCGCCGUUUGUUUUGUGUCCUUUCUUCUAGGACUUCCCAACAUUACACAGGGAGGCAUUUACUUCUUCCAACUAAUGGAUCAUUACGUGGUGACGACGGCUGUGGUCUAUAUCGCCAUGUUCGAGGUGAUCGCAGUGUGUUGGCUGUACGGAACUGAUCGCUUGUCUCGGGUCAUACAGCACAUGACCAACCAGCAGCCCUCGUUGUAUUUCCGAUUCUGCUGGACCGUAGCGGCCCCUCUGCUCAUUCUGUGUGUGCUCAUCUUCAGUAUAGUAGACUACGAGCCACCCACAUACAACAACGGCAACUACAGAUACCCGUGGUGGGCCGAGCUACUAGGUUGGUGUGUGGCCGGUACAUGCCUACUAUGUAUACCUAUCACAGCUGUAUACGUACUGUCCAGGGUUCAGGGCGACACUAUAGGAAAAAAGCUAAUAGCAGCCAUGACACCCCGAUGCGACGACCUUAGUGAAGCCAACAGCAUCGAAGAGUUGGGAAACGAACUAAAAGAAGUGAAAAGUAUAGAACCGCACGCUCACUCCCCGCUACAACCCAAGACCCAGCCGAGAAUAGAAAUCAUGAAGAAAUAGUCAUCAGCACAUGUAUAUGUUUAUGUAGAUAGUCACAAACUUUAAACUUGAAAAAACUCAUUUGUUGUCAAAGUAUCGUCAUCACAAGUAGUUUUUAAGACUAGACCGAGUAGUAGGGAGCAAAUCGGAUUUAGUUGUUUUAUAUGAUAAUAGUUGAAUACAAGUCGUAAUAUUAAUGUAAGUUACAAAAAUAAGUAAUAUUUGUGUAGUUUACAGAUUUGAAAUUCCUAAAUGUGUGCGUGUACAUUUUGGUGUUCCAAACGUUGAAAAUUUUAUAUUUUAAACUAGCAAAAAGAUAUUAGAUUAUUUAAAUAGCUGCUGUCCAGAUUAGGUUAUUGGCUUCUUAUAAGAUUGAGAUUAAUAAAAGCUUUACAAAUACUCCUUAGGAGUGUUAAAAUUAGGGAUGGUCAAGUCUCGAAAUUUCGGGAAAUUUUCGGGAAAUUUUCAAUCUCGUUACACGAGACGAGAUUACUUUUUGGCCGAGAUUUUUAUCGAGACGAGAAUAAAAAAAAAAAAAAAAAAAAAAAAAAAAAAAAAAAAAAAAUUGAAAACUCCUGCAGAAAGUCAAUGCAAUACCCGCAAUACAGGAGCGUGUUGUAGUUGCGUUUCCUUUUCGAAGGCGUUCUUAUUUAAUUAAUUCUUUUAAUGUAAAUAUUACUUUAAUUCUUUUAAUGUAAAUAUUACUUUAAUUAUUUUAAUAAUAUUACUUUAAUAACAUUUGAGAAGUCUAAGUGUAAGCAGUGUGAGGAAUGUUUUAUUACUAUAAAAAAAAGUCAAAACAAGUAACUAUUUUAUAAAAAUUAAUAUUGCUUUUAUUUUAUGAUUUAUUUUAUGAUUUAUUUUAUUUUAGGAUAAGUUGAACUCUAUCCUAACUGAUAUCACCAUGUUUCCUAAUCGUAGGCAUUUUUAAUAAGUUAGGCGUGAUUAAUAAAAAAAUUUUAUGCUGAUGUUAUUUAAUGAAAGAUUGUAAAUAUUCUUGCCUAUUAUCAUUAUUUUAGUAUUUAAACAGUCAUCUAACAAUGUUACAAAAUCAGGUAAAAAUUUCGAACGUGCAUUUCCCGUUGUGUAUGAGAAGAGAAAUCUCGUCUCAAUCUCGUCUCGAAAUUUUAUGAGAAAUAAAAAAUCUCGUCUCGUCUCGUCUCGAACUAAAAAUCCAAUCUCGUCCAUCCCUAGUUAAAAUAAAAUUUUAAUUUUGUAAGGAAUUUAUGCAGUUAAGUGAUAAUUUGAAGGUAAUAGUCUACAACGUAAAUAUUUUGUUAAGAACAUCAAUAAUGCAUAACGCAUCUUGAAUAGUCUAAUUUAAAGUUUCCUAUAAAAGUCAUAAUUUCCUCAAUUUGUGUGGGGUGUUAAAUUACAAACUCCUUUGUCUUCUAAGAAAAAGUGUAAAAGAAAUAUAGCCCUUUUCGAUAAAUGUACUAAUUGCUUUACCUAUGAUAAUAACUUCUGGUAAAGAUUGAAUAGAUUGUGUCAAUUAGAGUGGUAUUUUGGGAGGGUAGUGUGAGAGAUUGAAAAUUUUCCCCUACUCUGAAAACAUAAAACUUUGUUGAGAUAUUAUAAUAGUGAUUAUUUUUUAGAUGACUUUUGUUCUAAUGUGUAUGCGCAUCCCUGUCGUCGCUCUAAAUUAUUUUACCUGCACAAAUUUUACACUUGGGAAUUAUGGAGGUGUAGGUUAGUAAUGACUAAAACUACAUAAAAAUAUUACAUUUGAUAUUAUCAUCUUAUUAAAAUUAAUAUAAAACCAACCAAUCCUGUUUGCUUCAAAAAUGUUCAAGUGCCUUAAAUUUAUUUUUUAAACAAGCAUAACCUAGUUUAUCAUAAAAAAACAUGCAUCACAACAAGUGUGUAUGCGCAAUAUGCUUUUGCAAUGAUUGAGUGUAAAUUAAAAAUUGUAAUAAUUUAUUAUGUACGAAUGAAUAAGUUAAGCUGUGAUAAGUUAUGAAAUCAAAACUAUGUAUUAUAUGCACAUUCCAUUUGUACAAAUUAUAUUAAGCAAUGUUCAUACAAUUUAUGUUUUACUAACCAAACUGCUCAAUUUUGUUGUGCUAUACGUGACCCAAAUUGUACAUUUUAGCAAUUUGUUAACUAAAAAAUAUAACAAUGUAAAGUAUAAUGAGAAAUUAACUUUAACUUAUCUCAAGUUAAUUUAUAUCAGUUUGCACAAAUUUAUUAAUGAUAUCAAUGUUGCAUAGAGCGUUUCCUUAAGUGGCAAUUUUUAAAAGGUUUUUUAGAGCUAAAGCGAUUUUAGUCUGUUCACACAUGAAUCAUAGCCUACUUCUAAAAAAUUAAAAAAAAAAUCAAUAAAAAAUGUCUGAAUGACUAUAUUAAAAAAAAAAAAACACCUGCUCUGCUAUUUUGCAUACAGUAUAAACAUCCUUUCCCAUUUUUUUACUUUGAAAAUUUACCACAUUGAAGUAAAAUUGGAAGAGUGCUCUAAAAUUAAAUUUGAAGAUCAAACUAAACAGCUAUUUGCUAUUAAAAUUGAGGUAUAAUAGUUACCUUUUUUAAGCACAAAACAAACCAAUGAAAUAAUUUAAAUAAAAAAAAAAAUUCUAAGCCACAGCAGAUGAAACUUGUAUUAACGGCCAAGGAAUGAAAAAAAGCAGAUAUUCAAAUAGCAACUUUAAUAAUAAUACUCAUUUUUUUACUGAAAUACUGUUCAGUAAUUUAAUCAUGUUUUAUUUAGUUUAGUAAGAAAAAUGAUUUGUCAUACACUUGUUAGGUACAACAUAUAAGUUGCUUUUUAGGAGCUACAGUAUAUGUACAAUAAAUAUUAUCUGAUACACUAUCAUAUUCCAAAUUAAAACAUUGUUUACUACUUUAAACACCCUUUUCAUUCUAAUACGUUUUUACCCAACUAUAAACUUAAAUACCCAUAAAUGAACAAAAUAAAGUGUUCAAAUAUACUUUUUUAUUAAAAAUAUCCUCUGAAACUUAACAUUCCACGGCAUUCCGUUCUAGAGGAAUAACAUUUAUCGACAAUAAUGUGUAAUGUUACAAACAGAAACAGGUGCUCUUAGUAUAAUUAGGAUCCAAUUUGAGGAAUUUCUCAAUGGAAUAUUGUACUGAUUUGUAAGCCAAAAGAUUAUUAAACUAGAUUUUUUAAA